AUGGAGACGGUCCAGGAGCUGAUUCCCCUAGCCAAGGAGCUGAUGGCUCAGAAGCCCAGCGCGAAGCUGGUGCGAAUGUACGUGCUGGGCGGCGUGCUGGCGCUCUUCGGCGCCGUGCUCGGCCUGAUGGAGACCGUAUGCGGCCCCUUCACGGCCGCCGGCCGCUGGCGGGAGCGCGAGGCGACCCCGGCCGAGCUGCGGACCGCCAAGGGGGAGCCGGCCCCGCAGGAGCAAGGCAAGCCGCUGGAGGCCGUCCAGGGCUGCCGGGCCCUGUCCAACCGGCUGCACGCCUCCUAG